GCCUUCGUCCUUUUUCUCCGUCGGCUUCAGCAGGCGGAGCCCGCACUUCCGCGGGGCGGAGCCCGUCCAGUGCUGACGUUGGCAGCCGAACCCGAAGUAGUUCGAGGCUACGGACAGCGCUGCACGGUUGUUGCGUUGCAUUUCCUUCCUCUUUCACUCCACGCUCCCGGCGGCGGCCAGAGCGGCGGCGCAAGACUAUCUCGGCGGCCUGGUGUCGUCCCGCGCGCCCACCUCUCCGCCGGCCAGUCCGGCGUCGUCAGUCAGUCGGCGGCCCGCGCCCGGCUAGCGCUUGUCUAGCCCAGGCCCAGCGGCCGGAGCUAGCGCCCCGCCUGAGAGCCUCCAAGCUCCGGCGGCGCAGGCACCAGGAGCAGAGCGUCGCGGCGGCCCAAGGGGAGGCGAGCGAGCGCGUCCAAGGGGUGGCUGGGGCAGGUGGUGGCGCCGCGAAGAUGGUCGCCAAGCAGCGAAUCCGUAUGGCCAACGAGAAGCACAGCAAGAACAUCACCCAGCGCGGCAACGUCGCCAAGACCUCGAGAAAUGCUCCCGAAGAGAAGGCGUCUGUAGGACCCUGGUUAUUGGCUCUCUUCAUUUUUGUUGUUUGUGGUUCUGCAAUUUUCCAGAUUAUUCAAAGUAUCAGGAUGGGCAUGUGAAGUGACUGACCUUAAGAUGUUUCCAUUCUCCUGUGAAUUUUAACUUGAACUCAUUCCUGAUGUUUGAUACCCUGGUUAAAAACAAUUCAGUAAAGCAUCCUGCCUCAGAAUGACUUUCCAUAUCAUCCUUCAUUUGUCAUUCCAAGGUUUCUUCACGAGUCAUUCCAAGUUUUCUAGUCCAUACCACAGUGCCUUGCAAAAGCACCACAUGAAUAAAGCAAUAAAAUUUGAUUGUUAAGCUACAGUAGUGGACCCUACUUAUUCAGUCAGUAAAGAGUAAAUUUUUUUUAAUGUGGUUAUUAAAACAGUAUCCAGUAUAGAUAAUUAGAUUAAGUCUAUGUAGACAGGGUCUAGAUUUUGUUAACCCUAAUGUGUAAAUGCAAUUAGCUUAAUUUAAAGUUUGGAGUUUGGUUUUUAUAUAGCUAGGCACUUUAUUACUGUAUCUUGAAUUGAAAGCACACUCCCAUAUAGGGUCAUGUAACUGUCAUGUAAUAAAGUGCUUAUAAUGGAACAACUACACAGCCUAGUUUUCCCAUAAUCUUUAGCACCUAAAUUUUUUAAAAGCUAAAUGCUUAAUAUAAAGGGAGAUGCUUACAGCUACAACAUCUAUUUUAACAAUAUUUCUGUUACACUACCUUGGAUUUUGCAUGAGUAAUUAUACUAACCUGAAAUGCCAUAAGAAAGCAACUUGAUUGAGCAUUUUGUAACUUAAUGAGUCAAUUCAUUUUCACUAAAAGCUACCAUGGUGGAGUAAAAUCAGGGACAGUUUAUGUCACCAUUGAUUUCACCAGAAUUACUUUAAUAUAUCAAAGGGGUCUACUGUGCUAGACAACAUUUUAGGGAAAAAUACUACUAAAACUGGGUGUCUCAUCAGGACAUACUGAUGAGUCCAAUGUGCCGUAAGACAUCUGAGCACAUUAAUAGCACUUUUGAUACCAAAAAAGGCACAUCAAUUAAAAAGUUACUUAGUGUUUGGAAAUAAUUUUCUAGAUUUAUGAUUAAAAUUUUGUUAGGGUACUAGAUACGUCAGACUAAAGUGCCCUCUGGAAGUAAAUGGAUUUACUGAUAAGGAUCAGUCUUUAUAGUCUUCCCUUUGUUGUAUAAUUUUAUAGGUUAUGAUUGAUCAAAGUUUCUUUUUACUAAUGGUAAGGGUGAGAAGGCAGGUUUUGGGUUCUCUGGUACUGUUGAAAAUUUUAAGUUUUGGCUAUUUAAAUACUUAGUCAUAACUUGAUUAAAAAAAAAAAAAAAGCCUGAGAGGUGUCUCUGUAUCAAUGAAUUGGAAUGAAAGCUGCUCGUUUGCUUUGUUAAUUGCCUCAGGAUAAUCUCUUUUAAAAUAAGCUCUUUUAAGAGGAACAGAAGGGAAGUCUGCUACCUGAUACACAGUGUGAACCUCAGAGCUUCUGAUACCCCUAAAUGUAGGAGGAGAAUGAGGGAGAGGAGCAGUUAAGAAGGUUUAGGAAUUUACUCAAGAAUAGGGAAGGCAUCAGCCGAUCUUGGACCAGCAGGUUUUUAUCUGCAUUGUUACCUGCCUUUCUCACCCAGGAAAUCAGCGCUGUACUUGUUUCCCUCUUUGAAGCCAGUGUCUUGGUUGACUAAUUCUAUUUUAUUGUAACUCUAAAAAUGAAAGUUACUGUUCUAAAUUUAUAUAGCAGGUGCCUUAUUCUUUGCUUUGAGUCAAACCAUUCCAUAUUAGAAUUUCCCCUGGUUUACUAUAGAUAAUUGGCUUUAAGAUGUUCGGGGUUUUUUUUUGUUGAUUGUACAAUGUAUUAAUUUGACUGUUGAAUUGCUAUAGCUAGCAAUCAUUUUACAUAUGUAAAGUUGUAUUCCCUUUGUAUUUCAUGUGUAAUUUCCUAAUUGAGAACAUUUUAUAUUAAGGAUGGAUUAUGCAUGUUUGGGUCAAUGAAAGCUAUGUCUUAUUUGAUUUAUCCUUUAAAAAUAAAGUUCCCUGAAUAUUUGAUGCCUUCUAAAAGGAAAUGAUUUUACAGAUGUCUUAUCGGAGUGUACUUUUUGUAGUUAAUAGAAAAUUAUUUUAAAGAAUGCCUAGUGUUAUGUUGUACUUGAGUUAAAAGAAAUAGUACCCAGAGACUGAUUAAAAGUUCAUAACUGGGAAUAAAUAGCAAGAAAUAGAUUAAAAGCGCAGUGAAUUGGGCACCUGGGUGGCUCAGUUGGUUAAGCGACUGCCUUCGGCUCAGGUCAUGAUCCUGGAGUCCCGGGAUCGAGUCCCACAUCGGGCUCCCUGCUCAGCAGGGAGUCUGCUUCUCCCUCUGGCCCUCUUCCCUCUCGUGCUCUCUCUCAUUCUCUCUCUCUCAAAUAAAUAAAUAACAUCUUUAAAAAAAAAAAGCACAGUGAAUUAAAUACUUCCUUUCCUAGGAUUUACCCUCAUCUCAUUAUCCAAGUUUCAUUCACGGAAAAAUAGUUCUUUCGGAUCUCCCUUUCCCAGUUGAAUUUUAUGUCAUCCAAUGUUGAACACAGUAUGAUAAUAUUGAGGGGUUGUCUACAUUAUCCAAUUACUCUUUGUCAUUUACCUUUAACAUUUCAAGGAGUUGUCAAUGAUUUCAUUGUAUCUGUUAGGUUGUAUAUAAUGUUACUCAAAAUAAUUGGGCUUCCAAAAUAAGGAAAGCUUUUCAUUGUAAGAGGAUGUAUUGUGAUGGACUUUGACUUACAUCAAGGAAGUGUGUAUCUUCAGCUGUGGGGCCACAGCUGUUCUCACUGAGGUUACUGGGGUUUUGCUGGCACAAAGGAAUAUGGAGAUCUGGAUUGUGUUCUUGGGAGGUUCAUCAUCAACAAAAUUUUAUUGCUUAUACAGCAUCUGUAAAAUGGAGAGCAUCAAAUUUUCCACGAGAAAUUGUUUUGACAUUUGAUUUGUCUUUACCUACCUUUUUAGUUUUUUAACUUACUGUUUUAGGUGCAAACCAGAACUUCAAGAAGCAGGAGUUGGGUUCAACAGCAAAUUCUAUGUCACUCCCAUAGAGAAUCAUUUCCUGUCAGAACUUCAUCCCACUCUAGCUACUUGUACUGCUUUAUCUUCAAGUUGAAUUAGGACAGAAAUGUCCUAAUUUGAAAAGAGUACUAAUGAGCAAUAAAAGGCUAGAAGCCAAGCUGAAGGGGAAAACUCAACCGUCUGGGCUUAGUUAAUUCAAAGUAAAUGCAUGUAUAGUACAGAAUCCUAAAGAUAGACAGGACAUGGGCAGUUUAGUCUAACUGCCCCAAUUUACAGAUAAAAAAUUCAUUUAUUCAGUGGAUUUUGAGUUAUGUGCCAGAUAUGGAGUUACAGCUGUGAAUAGAGUCCCAGCACUCAAGUAUCUCUCAGUCCAGUGGUGGGGGAAAAGACCAUAAAAUGACGAUAAUUGUGGUCAGUUAUUUCAAAAGGAAAGUAAAACCAGAUAAAUGGUGUCCACUCUCACAGAGCUAGUUGAGGUAGAGCAGAAACUAGAACCAAGAUUUCCAGACUCAACUGUACCCUAGAGAAACCAUAGGAAUGAUUGCAGAACGUCCACACAGAACACUUCUGUUAUCAUGAGCUUGUUACUUCUGCUUUUAGAAAAACUCAUAAUUUUCAAAAUUUUUGCAUGUUGCCAAUUAAAAAAAAACUUGUCCUUUUAUAGAUGCAAUUAAGUUUGAAAAUGAAUUUAAGUGACAAAUUUACUAGUGAUAUUUCCUGUACAGCACAAAAAUAGAUCAAAUCAGUAAUGUUAUCCACUGUAACAUAUUCAAGAGUACAUUUUUAAAAAGUAUUUUGUUAUAUAAUCUUACUGUAUUUUGUUUUAAAACUUUUCAUCUGUGAUGUUGAAAAAUCUUAUAGUCUGGUAGCCAAAAAAAAAAAAAAAAUGCAGUCAUGUGCCCUCCAUAAUUUCUUUUUAUUACAAAAUUUCAAUGAAUAAAUCAUGUGUGACUUUUA